AUGGAACAAUCAGAAGCUCAGGUAAAAGAUGGAAAAAUCUCCGAUGCUCCGCCUGCGACGGAGGAGGCAAUCGACGACGAGCCCAUUGUUGGCCCCGGACCGCCCCCUACUUCUCGUCGGAAGCGCCCUCUCCAGUUCGAGCAGGCUUAUCUGGAUUGUCUUCCCUCAGCUAUAAUGUACGAAAAGAGCUAUAUGCAUCGCGAUGUAGUCACUCACGUUGCUGUCUCUGGGGCCGAAUUUUUCAUCACUGGGAGCGCUGAUGGUCACUUGAAAUUCUGGAAGAAAAAGCCUGUAGGGAUUGAAUUUGCAAAACACUUUAGAUCUCACCUUGGGCCAAUUGAAGGUCUAGCUGUUAGCGUGGAUGGUAUGCUUUGCUGCACAAUUUCUUCCGAUGAGUCAGUGAAAGUAUAUGAUGUCGUAAAUUAUGACAUGAUGGCGAUGAUUCGUCUCAAAUUUGUACCUGGAUGUGUAGAAUGGGUUUAUAAACGAGGAGAUAUCAAGGCCAAACUAGCUGUUAGUGAUAGAGAUUCCUCUGAAAUUCAUAUAUUUGAUGUACGAUCUGGCACAAAUGAACCCAUCCUAUCUAAGAAGAUACACAUGGGAUCAGUUAAAGUAAUGAAGUUCAACCAUGUUUUUGAUACGGUGAUCUCUGCUGAUGAUAAAGGAAUUAUUGAGUACUGGAAUCCUACUACACUGAAUUUCCCUGAGGAAGGGAUUAAGUUUAGGUUGAAAAGUGACACUAAUCUAUUCGAAUUGGCGAAGUGCAAGACUACUGCUUCUAGUAUUGAGGUCAGCGCUGAUGGUUUGCAGUUCUCAGUUACAUCACCUGAUCGCAGGAUUCGUGUUUUCUGGUUUAGAACAGGCAAGCUGAGGCGAGUAUAUGAUGAAUCUCUUGAGGUGGCCCAAGAUCUGCAGAGGAGUGAUGCAGCUCUUUACAGGCUGGAGGCAAUUGAUUUUGGUCGCAGAAUGGCUGUUGAAAAAGAAUUUGAGAAAACAGAAACUGCACCUCAGCCUAAUGCUGUUUUUGAUGAAAGCUCGAAUUUCCUGAUCUACUCGACCCUUCUAGGGAUAAAAGUUGUAAAUCUGCACACCAAUAAGGUCGCCCGUAUUCUUGGAAAGGUGGAGAGUAAUGAUAGGUUUCUGAAAAUUGCUUUGUAUCAAGGUGAUCAAAGCACUAAAAAGGCUAGGAAGAUUCCUGCUUCUGGAGCAAAUGUUAACGAAGGCAAAGACCCUCUCACAGAUCCGACUCUCUUAUGCUGUGCCUUCAAAAAGCAUCGGAUUUAUUUAUUCAGUCGCAGAGAACCUGAGGAACCUGAAGAUCCAACCAAGGGGAGAGAUGUAUUCAAUGAAAAGCCACCUGCCGAUGAACUUCUGGCUGUAUCUGAACUAGGAAAGUCUGUUACAACAUCUCUUCCAGAUAAUGUGAUUCUUCAUACCAGUAUGGGUGACAUCCACAUGAAGCUAUACCCUGAAGAAUGUCCAAAAACUGUCGAGAACUUUACAACACACUGCAGGAACGGGUAUUAUGAUAAUCUGAUUUUUCACCGGGUUAUCAAAGGUUUUAUGGUACAAACAGGAGACCCAUUCGGAGAUGGGACAGGUGGACAAUCCAUCUGGGGCAGGGAAUUUGAAGAUGAGUUUCACAAAAGCUUGCGGCAUGACAGACCUUUCACAGUGUCAAUGGCUAAUGCUGGGCCAAACACCAACGGUUCCCAAUUUUUUAUCACCACUGUUGCGACUCCGUGGCUAGACAACAAGCAUACAGUAUUUGGUAGGGUUGUGAAAGGAAUGGAUGUUGUUCAGGCCAUAGAGAAAGUCAAAACGAACAAGGGGGAUAAACCGUAUGAAGAUGUAAAGAUUCUAAACGUGACUGUUCCAAAGUCUUAG